AUGGCGGAUGGCGGUAAUAUUCACGAGUUACGGAGUUGGAUGUAUUCCCAUAAAGAUUCGGAAGGGAGAGUGACGAAUGCAUUUCUGAGCGGGCUAGAGACAUUCAUGUACCAGGCGGGCUCUACACCGCUAACGCAGGAAAGCGAAGAUAAGCAUAGUGCCCACACUUAUAUUUUGCUCAACUGCGUUAAUUGGCAGCACCAGCUGUGCAAAACUCCUAGGCCAGACCCAGAUAUUAAAACGCUAUUCACAGACCACACAUGCGCAGUUCCGAAUGGUCCUCUGGCACCUUCAUCAGUCAAUCCGCCUGUUACAACUUUGACAAAGCCAACAGCUUUUCCAUCACUUGGAGCUCAUGGUCCCUUUCCUCCUGGUACUGCAAUUGCUGCUGCUAAUUCUGCCAACUGGACCGGUUUACCGAAAGUCUGUUCAUGCUUGGGAAAAAGAUUUAUGUGCGAAGGUUGGUUCAGUUCCAUUGUCUAAAGUUGUAGAAGAAGAGCUGUAUAUGCUUCUAUACGUUUGAGUGGUCCAGUGUGUCAGAAAACGCAUUCAAGAAAGCUAAAUCGUGUAUUGGGCAGAGAUAAAUGGAACUUCAUGUGUACAUAUUUCUGAUCUUGAUUUCUACGUUGAUGAUGUUAAUUGGGGUGCUGAAGACUGAAGUUGACACUGGAGAAAUCAUGGGAUUAUGACCAGCAUUUUCAUGGAUGGAGUCAGUUUCAAAACAAGAACUUGGGUUCAUGAGAAGAAUAAUGACAACAGACGCUACAACAACUAAAAAAUUGGGAACUGGAGCAGUAAGGAUCAGCAAUGAAGAGAGAGUGAAGAAAGAGACGAGCUGUGCAAUGUGGAGGAGAUCGGAUGGAGGAUUGUCGAUGUGGAAUUGGAGAGGGAGAAGCAAAGGUGGGUUUCAGCCACAUUCGAAUGGUUGAGGUAGAGGACGUUAACCUUCACUUAGAGUAUCUCUUGAUAAAUAUAUUGAAUAGAAACUUCGAAAUUGGACUAUAAAUUUUUAACAUAGGUUGUUAUGGAUACAAAGAUCAUACUUGCUCAUAACGUUACAUGAAAUUUCUUAUAAAUCCGUUUGUUUCAUUUCAAACCAGAUAAUCAUGUUCCCCA